UGAACAGGUAGGCAGAAAGAGCAAAGGUAUUUAAAGACAGAGACUAACUAUGAACUUCACUCAGCAAAAUGGCAAUUUGGAGAGGAAUCUGUGUACUAAUCGUUCUUACCCUUCUGGCAACAGGAUCACACGCACAGGAGAGUGUGUGUGGCAGACCGCCCCUUAACACCAGGAUUGUGGGGGGUCAGAACGCGCCCGCGGGGAGCUGGCCCUGGCAGGCCAGUCUGCACCUGAGGGGGAGACAUGUCUGUGGUGGGUCUCUCAUCAACGACAAGUGGGUGCUGUCUGCUGCCCACUGCUUCAGCAACAACAACAAUGUCCGCGAAUGGCUUGUUUAUGUGGGUCGGCAGGACCAGAUAGGAUCAAACCCAAAUGAAGUGAGAAGAUUAGUCACGAGGAUCGUCCCUCAUCCCAGUUACAAUGAUCAGACCAGUGACAACGACGCGGCCCUACUGGAGCUCGCUUCCACGGUCCCCUUCACCGACUUCAUCUUACCGGCCUGCCUGGCAGCCAGCAACAGCACCAUCCAUGCCGGAACUGUCAGCUGGGUCACUGGGUUUGGCGCGCUUUCCGAAAGUGGGCGCGUGGCUAACAUCCUGCAGGAGGUGGAUGUCCCUGUGGUGGGAAGCCGUCAGUGUAACUGCCUGUAUGGAGUCGGAACCAUCACCAGCAACAUGAUCUGUGCUGGCCUGCUGGAAGGAGGCAGAGAUUCAUGUCAGGGAGACUCUGGCGGUCCCAUGGUGCAGAAACGAGGCUCGAUCUGGGUCCAGACUGGAGUGGUCAGCUUCGGAGUGGGGUGUGCGCGUCCCGAUUUCCCCGGGGUGUACUCCAAGGUGUCGCGCUUCCAGUCCUGGAUCUCGGAGGUGAUCACAAACAACCGUCCAGGUUUCGUCAGCCUCUCAGCCAGCGGUGUGGACAGUGACAACAACGUAACCUGCCCUGGCCUGCCUGCCCUCACCACCACCACCAGCCCCACCACCACCCCCAAACCUGUGGUGUGUGGCAAUGCCCCACUGAAUAGCCGCAUUGGCGGAGCGAGUAGCCAGGCAGGGGGCGGGGUGUGGCCCUGGCAGGCCAGUCUGCACAGGAACGGCACGCACGUCUGUGGGGGUACCCUCAUCUCAGAGGAGGUCGUCAUGAGCUCUGCUCAGUGCUUCUCCAGCCCCAAUCCCAAUGCGACGGAGUGGACCGUGUAUUUGGGUCGGCUGCGGCAGAUCGGGUCCAACCCCUUCGAGGUGGUACUGAACGUGUCGAGCAUCACCCUGAGCAACAGCUCGGGCGAGAACAUCGCUCUGCUGAAGCUGGGCAGCAAGGCCAGCCUCUCCGACUACAUCCAGCCGGUGUGUGUGGACCAGGGCAGCGCCCAGUUCUCUGGAGCCUCGCAGUGCUGGGUCACGGGCUGGGGAGCUGGCCAGGGCGGAGCGCAGCAGGUUCUGCAGGAGCUCCAGGUCACUAUAGUGGACUGUGAUGUGAACAGCACAACCUCUGAAAAUAUCUGCACUGAGGUUCUGCCGUUACAGCAGGGAGAUCAGGGCGGUCCCUUGGUGUGUAAGCUGGGGAAUUCCUGGAUCCAGGCAGCAGUGAUUACAAUAAAUGACAGCAGUAACGCCGCUCAGAACACCAGUUCCAGGGCCGCCGGGGACACUCAGGUUUUCCAGAGAACCUCCAGUUACGCCCAAUUCAUCAGGCAGAACGCGGGCAGUCUUCCUCCGCCUGCUAGUCCUGGCAGCAGCACCACCGUCACUACGUGCAAGGCCCCUCACUCUCUCUCCUUCUCCUUCUCCCUCCUGUUCCCUCUCCUUCUGGGCCUCCUGUGCAGUUCGCCAAGCUAAGAUCAUGAAGGUAUUUGGUGCUGUGUACUAACCUUUUUUUUCUUUCCCCAAAAUAUAAUGUAUUAAAUAUAUUCUACUCAAAAUCUUUUAUCCGGUUAUAUCAGGGAUGCUCACCCAUGGGUUCAGUUGAUGAUUUUUUCAAAUAUAUUCUUCGUAUGUUCUUUAUCGUCAUCAGAUAAGCUCACAUGAAAACAAAAUGGACUACUUGUCCUGCACUGCACUGUUGAGAACGGAAUCCUGCCCAUAUAGGUGUCUGUGUGGGAGGGGCCUACUCAUGACUACACCCAAAUGGUCACAGCAUCACUCAGGGAGGGAGGGAGGGAGGGUUUCCGUUACCAGGGCAACCUUACUAUGACAUGAGACACUUUUUAUCGAAUGAAUUUUGAAAAAAAAUGUAUUAACCCCCUGGUGUAAUUAUUUGUCCUACAUGUAUUCUAUAUUUUGGGCCUCAUGCAAGAACAUUUUUGUAUUCUUACUUCUCGUAUCAUUUUCGUGCAUUUAGUGACUAAAAUGGUCGUUAUAGCUUAUAAAGGCUAAGAUGUAUGUAGGACUAGGGCUAUAUUAGAAAUCGUUUUAUUUUAAAUUCAUAUUAAUUCAGUUCUAUCAAAUAUAGUCAAAUACAAGAUUGACUUCAACAUGGUCAUACCUUAUGACAUUUAUUUUUAAUAGAGAAUUUAUAGCCAGUAUGACUGGUCUGGACCACUCGUAAAGUUUUUUUGUAAGAAAAAAUUGCAAAUACAAGAAAAUUGGUGAAGGCGUUAUUAUUGGUAAUUGCAUGAGGCCCUUUGCCUGUGGCAGCUCAAUAGCUCCAUUUUGUUUACUUGAUUUUUGUGUGCAAUAAAGUAAGAAACUAGGCCAUGCUGUCUGUGCCAUAGUGACUUCUCAUCGAGUUACAGGCUAUACUUUUAAGGACGUGCACUAGUACGUGUUCUCCAAAUUUGGAGUAGCUUGUAUUUUGUAUUUUGUAUUUUGGAUGUUGCAACUAUGGGACGGGUCGCAUGAGCAGAACUGUGAUCUAAGAUGGAGGAACAAGUAAAAACUAGUGGAUACAAAAUAUUUACAACAGAAGAUGUGACAGUGUGUGUUAAAGACAGUGAUGAGUUUAUUCAGCGCUGCUAUGUUUACGGCUCUUUGCGCUGCUGCACCAAAGAAAACAGUAUCUGUGAAUACUGAUGCUCUGUCACGAGUUUAAGCUUUUGAGGAAAUUACACCUGCUGUAUACACAACAUAAUACAUAUUUAUAUUAGUAAUAUAACAUCACAGUACAUUCCAUUGAGCACUUGUCCUGCUUAUAUUUAUUGUGUAAAUAGAUGUGCAGUAUAAAAUCUCUGAUAAGACAAGGUAGGCAUCCACUGUCAGACGGGACACGCUAUACAAACUUAUCUGAAUUACAGAAUUAAUUGUAUGUUUAGAUUAAAGACCCCUCACCCCCAUUGCUCCUCCAAACCCCCACCCGACCUCCGCUUGAAAAGGAAUAACGUUUAGUUCAGGUGGGGCUGCUUCCUGGGUUGCUUGGCAACGCUAGUCACUGUUUAUUUGUUUCUGCUCCACGGCACACUGCCUCCCUCUUCUCCAUUAGGGGCCACACUGCCUCCCUCUUCUCCAGGAGGGGCCACAAUGCCUCCCUCUUCUUCAGUAGGGGCCACAUUGCCUCCCUCUUCUCCGGUAGGGGCCACAUUGCCUCCCUCUUCUCCAGUAGGGGCCACAUUGCCUCUCUCUUCUCUAGUAGGGGCCACAUUGCCUGCCUCCUCUCCAGUAGGGGCCACACUGCCUCCCUCUUCUCCAGUAGAAUCAGAAUCAGAAUCGCUUUAUUCACCAAGUAGGUUCACAUACAUGGAGCUUGCUGUGGUUUGUAGGUGCACGCAGACAACAAAGAAUAAUAAAAUAAUUUAACCAAUGUACCUCACUGUUACACUCUCUGUCCUGUUUUAUGCAUUGUAUAUUUUCGGUAUAUGUGUAGGACGAUGUAUACCUGUGCUGUCUCUUUCUUUUGUUGUCUUUAUGUGUCAAUAAUGUGGACAUAUUAAACCCUGUAAGAACAAAUUGUAUCAAAAAGGGAACUGUAUAACGGGGAAGCCACGACAAGAUGUAUGCAAAUAUAAAACACGUAUAUGUUUAUAUAUGUUUAUAUAUGUCUAUAUAUGUCUAUAUGUGGUACUGUGUAUUGCAUUUCUGUACAUCUGUUAAAAUAUAUAUGUAUAAGCUUAA